UCUAAGCCAAUGAGUUUGCUUUACACAUGGAGUCUUGCUGAAAGCACAAGCGCUGUGACAUUGCAUGGUGUAUUUUGGUGUCAACUUAAAUCUUGUAGCAUAUCUCAAAAUGAACGUGAUAUUGUCAUAUUUUACUCGACUACGGAGUAUUCCUCAAUUAAGCGGCAGGAUACCUACAAUGAGUGGAACUUGUUCACUUAGAACACUCAGCAACUGGAAUGUUUUCAGCAAAGCAAGACCUCUGAUUUCAAGAAAUCCCAGUCCACUUUCGUCGCAAGCGGAAGGUUCAGAGAUAUUCCAGCAGUAUCCAUGGCAGUACCAGCAGGUACGGACCCGGAAGAGGGGCACCGAGUAUCAGCCCAAGAACAUCAAACGCAAAAGAACCCACGGUUGGAUCAAGAGGCUGAGCUCACAAGGUGGCAUUGAAGUGCUUCUACGGCGCAUAUUGAAGGGUCGCAAAUCACUCUCACAUUGAUAUCUGCUGUGGGAUAAUCCGGAAGACUUUAAACAAUUGCCAUCUCUUAGAUGUGAAAAGUGCGCAGUAUGCCACAAAGAACUUGUUUGGUUGAUGGGUGUGGUUUUGGUUUUGCUUGAUCCUAGAAUGAAAUAUAUCCAGAUUUACCUUUUACCAUGAGGAGGAAUUAGCAUUGUCAAAGAAGAUGUAUAACACAACAAAGUUUUGGUCAUAUUCAUUCAAUGUUCUUUUCCUUCCUUUGUCUCUGAGAUUAUUUAGUUUAAAUGUAAAACAAUAAAAUAAUUUUC